AUGGCCGACGAAAGUGAAGUCAUGAUUGGGGAGGAUGUCCUGUCGACAUAUUACUCAACAACUAGCAACUCGGACUCAUCAUCUGGAUCUGCUCCUCUCACAACGUCAACAACUUCUGCAUCUUCGUCGAACUCAUCUACGAAUCGUCACGAACCAGGGCUUCUGAAUUUCUUUCGUCGACGUAGUUGGUUUGGGUUUGGUGGAGCUGCUGAAUAUGCAAAAAAGAAAGAAGACGUAGAUACGAUCCAAGAAAUUAUCAAGUGCUACCAAAACAAUGAUGUACCAGGAAUGGAAAAAUUUGUUCAUGAGGAAACGAAAAUCACAGUGUGCGAAACAGAGAAAUGGAAAGACGGAGAAGGCAUGUGGUGGGAUGAUGAAGAGGUACUUCGUCCGAAAAGAGUCGAAGAGAAUCUGAAAGAAGUUCCGUUCGGCAAGAACACGCCUCAUCCAAAAAAGGGAGUUUCGAUGUUGCCUCCCCGUGUGUUGAAAGCGGUUCGAUUCGAUGUGGAAAAUACUCCGGAAGACCGUGAAAAUCGACCAUUCACUCCUCUUUUCACCAGCACACCGAAACACUUCGGAACUGAAUGCGACAGCGAUGAUGAACUGAGACCUCUCAGAGAAUGUGAUUCAAACACUGUUCUUUUACCAGUUGCCGUUCACAAUAACACCUCUUCGAUUCUUCUGGCUAGUACCUCUGUGAUGACAAGUUUGAAUAAGUGUCACCAAGAAACCACAGAUGCUCUUUGCUUGCCGUUCAAUAAAAACAUUUACAAAAUUUGCUACGACGACACUGAUGAAGAAGAAGUUGCAGAAGAAGCACUUCCUUCGGAAACGCCUACUCCAAGUCGGGGAACGUUUGUCGUGGAAAUGGAGGGUUCUGAACCGAGUUCUAAGACUAUGAGUGGGCGUGAUCAAAGUUUCGAUCAACUGGACAUAUCGACUGAUUCGAGCGUUAUUCUGAAUCUGGAUUGCAUUGACAACUACAUCCAACGUCUUGACGAUGAAAUCGCUGCAGCAAAUCGAUUUGCUCGAGAGAAAGACAUGGUCCGAGCUAUGGGAGCUGUACAACAGGCUAGACUUCUCCAGGAACGAUUUGAACAAAUGAAUGACGCCAUUAACGAAAUGUGCAGCAAGCUCCCGGAUGAUUUCGAGUGUCCAAACGCAGUGGAAGAUGACAAGAGCUAUCAUGACUUGUCGGCAGUGUUCGAAGAUUCGCAAUGGGGAGCAAGGCUUGGUUCUGAAGCUGGAAGUUUCAAUGGAAGUCAGCUGUAA